AUGGCUGAGAACGAUUUAACUCACUUUCUGCGUUUAAAAUCCAGGGCAACAGUGAGUAAGAACAAACUGAACGAAUUCAGUCAGGCGUUGAAAAAUCUUCACACAGAAUUUGAAACUAGGUUUCAAGAUUUUAAGAACAUUCAGUCAUCAUUAGAUGUUUUCUCGAAGCCGUUUCAUGUAGAUCCGGAAAAUAUAUCUGCAGAAUUGCAGUUGGAAAUUAUUGAAAUACAGUGCAACACCCAUUUAAAACAACUAUUCUUAAAUUCCACAAAACUAGGUUUUCAUAGAACACUGCCUAAAGCUGAAUUCCCAAAGAUGAUUGCUCACGUCCAGAAAAUUAGGAUGAUGUUUGCGUCAUCGUAUGUGUGCGAACAGAUUUUUUCGACCAUGAAAUUGCAGAAAAACUCAAUCAGAAACCGACUUACUGAUGAACACUUUUUCGCGCUGUUGAAAGUUACUUCGUCACAGCUCAAACCUGCAUUUGAAAAUAUUAUGGAAAAUCAAAAGCAAUUUCAUAUGUCUCACACGCCUACCAUGGCAGGACCUUCGAAUAAAAGUUAA